GUUUCGCUGAGCUCCGCGCGCAGCCGCUGGUUUCUCUACGUCACGCGGCCGAGCGGAGCCGAGCUCACCUGCGCUCAGGUAUUCGGGUACUCCGGUAGCGCGCGCGCUCGCUCUCGGGACGAAGGUGUCGCUUCGCUCCGGUUUAUUUUCCUUUCAUCCUCUUCAGCCUGCGCUUGGUGUGUAUUUGAAGCUGCGAACGGGAGAGUCGGACAACAAGUUCGAAGUUGUUGUUGUAAAGAAGCGCGACCCGCAGCCUCCCUUGGGUGGACGUUUUCCGACGAAGACGGCCGAUCAUACCGCCCUAGACAUGUUUGUCGCCAUUCUUGUGUUUCUCCUCCUUCUUCAACAACAGGAAGGCUCACUGGCCUUCUCUGUGACUACCUCAACACCAAAGAUCAGCGUCCCUGAGAACCAAGGUGCUGAUCUUAAAUGUUCAUAUAGUGCUGAUUUUGGAACACCAAGAGUUGAAUGGAAAUUCAGAAAUCUGCAAGGAUCUGAAACAUAUGUUGUCUUCACUGGAAACCCUACAGGAAGUUAUAAAGACCGUGUAGAGCUGUACAGUGGUGGGCUGAGGUUCAUCAAAGUCACCCGUGCAGAUACUGGGGAAUACAGUUGUGACGUCUCCAAUGCUGAUAAAUUUGGAGAAGCCAAAAUUCAACUGAUUGUGCAAGUGCCCCCCUCCCCGCCCCUGUGUGGAAUCCCCUCCACUGUGACCACAGGGUCGCAAGUGAUCCUGACCUGCAAUGACAAGGAUGGAUCCCCACCAAGCACCUACAAGUGGUUCAAGAACAAGACCCCUUUGCCAGAAGAUCCUAGCAAGUUUGCUAUUUACAAGAACUCCACAUACACAAUAAACCCCCAGGAUGGGAACCUGUUGUUUGCCAGUGUGGCCAAGGAGGAUUCUGGGGAGUACUACUGCACUGCCAGCAAUGGUUUUGGCUCACCAGCGAGCUGUGCCCCCAUGCUGAUGGAAGUCAAGGACGUAAACGUUGGGGGAAUUGUGGCUGGCGUGAUUGUGGCUCUGCUAGCAGUUGCGCUGCUGAUAUUCGGACUGUGGUAUGCUCGCCGCAAAGGAUACCUUUCCAAAAAUGUUAAUGAAUCCAAGCAGAUGCCACAGUACACAAGGGCAGGAAACAUUUCUGAAGAGGCAGAUGGGGAAUUCAAGCAGAAGUCCUCGUUCAUUGUGUAACCAUCGCCGAAGGCACAACGCGGUAUGGGUGUGGUCCUGGGAUCACAGUUAAUAUCUGGUCAAUGUGGAUAUUUUUUGUUUUUCUGUUGUUUGAGCUUUCUUUUAAACCCAGUUACUGAAAUAUCUGUAUAAUGAUAGCUUUUAAGAUGUGCAUCUGUAUCAGUCCCGUAGGUACUGAAGAUGUACGCAUUACUGUUACGUUUCUUCUGAAGUGUAUUGAUUUGCGCACUGAUUUGUCUAUUUGGGUCUGUCGGUUAAAAUUUGGUGCAUGGACAAACCCAUAUCUCAUAAUUCCCUCCACACACACAUGCAAAAUUUGGACUGUGGUUCUGUUUUAUCAAACAAUCCAGUAUUUGUACAUGUUACUUCUCAUUCUUGUGAGGGAUUUCAUAGCCAGUCUCAGGGUAGCCUACUGUAAAAAUCUGUUUUUUAAAAUUUCUCCCCUGCUUCUCCCCAGUCCUCAAGGUUCCUAUGUUACUUAUAAAUUCACUGUAGCUUUAUGAUUUAAAAACAAGCCUAGUAUCACUUAAAUCCCUCAAGUGUAGCUGUGACUUUUGUGUUUGUUUUUAAAUUAUUUCAGAAUAUGCUUGUAAUGACUCAAGUCUCUUUCUGCAACAGAAUAUUGUUGGAAGUCUUCACCCUCCACCUUAAUAGAUGACUAAUUGCUUUAACAUGACAUAAUUCAGGAUGACAGUCAAGAUGUAAAUACCAGAGUUUCUAUAUAUCUUUGUGUGAAUAUGCUAAGGUGCCCUGUGCUAAUAUUUACAAGCAAGAGGGUUAAAAGAAAAAAAA